CACCUCCAAGCCUGAGCUUCCAAUAUGCAGAGGGAGGUUAGUAAAGAGGAAAGACGAAGUGUGUUAGAUGAAGAUGUGCAUUAAUCUUUUUAAAAAUGUGAUUUUUCAUGCUCAAAACAACGCAAAAAGGCUUAGCAGUAGAUUUGAGUAACUUGAAUUGUUCCAAUAAUUAUAUUUAGAUUUCAGUUAACAUUUCUACAUUUGAAUCUCUAUGAACUUUGAAAUUAUUUCUUGUUUUGGAACUUUGUUGGUCCCACAACUUUGUUCAAGUUGUUUUGUUUUUAAUGUCAGGAAUAUUUGUUUUCCUGGGUUAGAAUCAGAACUCUCAUUUCAUUCUGUGCAGCUUUAACGCUUGGGCUCUGCAAUUCUCUCGCACAAUGGUCUUUGCUAUUGAGGAGAUCAACAACAGCACAGAGCUGCUGCCAGGCGUCAGACUUGGAUAUCAGAUAUUUGACACUUGCGCCUCUGUGCCUCUUGCUGUGCAUGCUGCAUUUCAGCUUUCUAACGGCCAGGAUCCCGUGUUUUACCAAGGUAGCAACUGUUCAAAGUCUGGAGAGGUGGUGGCUGCUGUUGGAGACUCUGGAUCCACAUCCUCUAUCAGCAUCUCACAAAUCUUUGGGUCCUUUAAAAUCCCUCUGGUAAGCUACUUUUCCACUUGUGCCUGCCUGUCUGAUAAACAUGAGUACCCAACGUUUUUCAGAACAAUUCCCAGUGAUUAUUACCAAGCUGCUGCACUGGCCAAACUGGUGAAACACUUUGGCUGGACUUGGAUCGGAGCCAUCCAUUCGGACUCAGUUUAUGGAAAUAAUGGCAUGGCUUCUUUCCUUGACACAGCACUCAAAGAGGGGAUCUGUGUGGCGUACAUUGAAUCUUUCUAUCGAACUGACCCACAGAACAAGAUCAGAAAAGUAGCUGAUGCCAUCCGCAGAUCUACAGCCAAAGUAGUUUUGGCAUUUGCAGGUGGUGGUGAUAUGAAGGUCCUCCUAGAGGAGCUGAGCAGAGAACCAACUCCACAUCUGCAGUGGAUUGGAAGUGAAGCAUGGAUAAGUGAACCACUUUUGAUGAGUUUCAGUUUCUGUGCAGGAGCUUUUGGAGUUGCCAUUCAGCAAUCUGUCAUUCCAGGGCUGAGAGAUUUCCUCCUGGAUCUCUCUCCCUCUGAAGUGGCAGCUUCCUCAGUGCUGACUGAGUUCUGGGAGGAUGCAUUCAACUGCAGCCUGACAGAAGCUGCUGAUCCACAUAAGGGAAAAUGUGAUGGAAUGGAAGAUAUUAAAGCUCUUAAAAGUCCGUAUACUGAAACAUCUCAGUUAAGAGGUUCUAACAUGGUGUACAAGGCUGUGUAUGCAGUAGCGCAUGCCAUUCACAAUGCAGUGUGUCAGGAAACAAACGGACCCACUCAGUGUGACAAACACAAGCGUCUAGAGCCUGAACAAGUUUUCACUGAACUAAAGAAAGUCAACUUUUCCCAAAAUGGCUACCAUGUCUCAUUUGAUGCUAAUGGAGAUCCUGUGGCGUUUUAUGAGCUGGUAAACUGGCAGAAAAGUGAGAGUGGAGUUAUUGAACUGGUAACAGUGGGAUAUUAUGAUGCUUCACUGCCAAGAGGCCAGGAGUUUCUUAUUAACAGGAAUAUUACCUGGAUGGAUGGUUACAAACAAGUUCCAGUGUCAGUUUGCUCAGACAGUUGUCCUCUAGGAACUCGCAAAGUGUUGCAGAAAGGAAAACCAAUCUGCUGCUAUGACUGUAUACCAUGUCCUGAAGGAGAGAUCAGCAACAUGACAGAUUCCCCUGAUUGCUUCCCGUGUCCCAGAGAGUUCUGGCCAAAUCCAAAGAGAGAUGCCUGUUUCCCAAAACCUGUGGAGUUUCUUUCCUUCGAUGAAGUUCUGUCAAUCAUCCUGACUGUAGUGUCAAUCAGUGGAGCCUUUCUGGCCAUUAUUACAUCAGUGAUUUUCUACCAUCACAGAACAACUCCAAUUGUCAGAGCCAACAACUCUGAGCUGAGUUUCCUGCUGCUCUUCUCUCUGACUCUGUGUUUCUUAUGUUCAUUAACUUUCAUUGGAGCCCCCUCUGAGUGGUCCUGCAUGCUGCGGCACACAGCGUUUGGCAUCACAUUUGUUCUCUGUAUCUCCUGUGUUCUUGGCAAAACUAUAGUGGUUCUAAUGGCCUUUAAAGCUACACUUCCUGGUAGUAAUGCUAUGAAAUGGUUUGGUCCUCCACAGCAAAGAAUGACUGUAGUAUCUUUUACAUUUAUUCAGGUUAUAAUAUGUAUCAUUUGGUUGGUUGUGAGUCCUCCCUUCCCAGUGAAAAAUCUGACCACCUACAAGGAGAAGAUCAUCCUGGAAUGUGCGUUAGGCUCUGCUGUUGGUUUCUGGGCUGUGCUCGGCUACAUCGGCCUGCUGGCUGUGUUUUGCUUUGUGUUAGCUGUUCUAGCUCGGAAACUACCUGAUAAUUUCAACGAAGCCAAGAUGAUAACCUUCAGCAUGUUGAUAUUCUGUGCAGUCUGGAUCACCUUCAUCCCAGCUUAUGUCAGCUCUCCUGGGAAAUUUACUGUGGCUGUGGAGAUAUUUGCUAUUCUGGCCUCCAGUUUUGGACUGAUACUGUGUAUAUUUGCUCCAAAGUGUUUCAUCAUUUUGUUUCAGCCUGAGAAAAACACUAAAAAAUAUUUGAUGACUAAAAAAUAAAUUUUCAAGUGUUUUCAAACAAUGACAAUGAUUUCAGUUUGUGUAAAAUUUUAAAUGUAUGUUGUCCGAAAUGUUAUCUUUUCUAAAUUUUGACAAAUGUCUUUUGCUUCUGUCUAAUUCUGACACUGUCCCUUUAACCUGGUGUUGACUUCUGUGACAAAUAUUUGUUUACCUCCGAAACAAAUAAAACUGUUGUAGGUAAUUAUUGCGGAUAUAAGACUUUUACGUUUGUCUUCUUGUUGUGACAGUAUAACACGGAACAAAAAGUG